AUGUCUCAAGAAAUUAUUGACACUGUCACCCAGUACUGUACAAAAAAUAUUCCAGUCACAUUAAUAUCACAGGGAGCCGAAGCUGCAAUUUUCACGACUCCUGUGCAUCCAUAUCUUCAAAAUACAAAUGAAGAUGAAGUCUAUAUAAUUAAGUACAGACCCUCGAAAAAAUAUAGACAUCCAACAAUAAAUAAAGCAUUGACAAAACAUCGUACACUGAGUGAAUCCCGGAUAUUAGCGAAGUUAUUUCAAAUUAAGGGCAUCAAAGUUCCUAAACUCAUCGCGUGCGAUCCAUACAACGGAUAUAUAUGGCUAGAAUUUUUGGGUGAAGACUUGCCUAAUGGAUUUGGGUUUAGCAACUUGAAAAACUAUCUUUGGAUGAAUGCAACAGACUCUUACCAUGACAAUGUCAAAAAUACACUGGUCAAAGUGGGUGAACAGAUUGGUCUACUCCAUUGGAAUGAUUACUGUCAUGGUGAUUUAACUAGCUCCAACAUCGUCUUAGUUAAAACAGAAAGUGGAGGAACUUGGGAGCCACACCUAAUUGACUUUGGCUUGAGUUCAAUCUCAAAUUUAGUCGAAGACAAAGGUGUCGAUCUUUAUGUCCUUGAAAGAGCGAUUAUCAGUACACAUUCUUCAUUUUCAGAUAAAUAUAACGAAUGGAUUCUGGAAGGUUAUUCUAAUAUAUACAAGAAACACGGCAAAGCAGGUAACCAGAGAUUAACAGAAGUCUUGGCUAGAUUUGCUGACGUUAGAAUGCGUGGAAGAAAGAGAAGUAUGAUAGGUUAG